CUGCUGACCGAGGGGGAGGAGAAAGCUGCCACUUCUCUCGCUCCUUUCCGCUGUCCCCCUUUUACCUAUCAAUUGAGAGAGCAGUCGGGCGCUGACGGAGUGGACUUAUUUUCUCUUCCAGUGAAUUGCAGCUGGACACCAACGAACUAUCCAAGAACAUGCUUUUCUUUCUGCUACCUGUCGUGGCUCUCUUGCUGAGCAGAGAAACACCGGUCUCCGGUAACAAUGACGAGAACUGGCUGGGAACCGUCGCUCGGCACAAGGACAGAUCCUGGAACAGAUUCAGAGAUGAUGACUACUUCAAAAGCUGGGCUCCCGCCAAGUCUCUCGACCCAGAGCGAGUGGCUGAAGCUGGCAGAAAUCGAGAUCCAGCAACUAAAGCACACUCGGGCUCAACUCAGAGGAUGAUACAGAAUGGUCCAGAUACCACCAAGGACCCAUGCCUGAGGGUUCACUGUCCUCCUCACAAGGUGUGCGUCAGCCAUGACUUCCAGACGGCCAUCUGCAGCAGUCACAAGCAACCGGCUCAUAGUGUGAAAGCCAGGAAAGGCAGUGUGAGCCACAAACAUGGGCCUGAAGCUGGGGCUCAUGGGAAAUGUAGACUCUGUUCCGCCCUCCAGGCUACUCCCAUCUGUGGCUCUGAUGGACACACCUACUCCUCCAAGUGUAAGUUGGAUUUCCAGAGCUGCUUGUCUGGGAAAACGAUCUCAGUUAAAUGUGAUGGACUGUGCCCCUGCUUGCCUGGUCAGGAGUUCAGUAAAGCACCGCACAACGCGGAGAAGGCUGCUUGCGCUGAUGCAGAACUUCACAGUCUGGCUGCCAGACUGAAGGACUGGUUUGGGAUUCUGCACCUUGAUGCCAACAGAGACCUCAAAUCCUCUGACAGCUUUGAUUCAACCGCUGGCCACUUUGACACAAGCAUCUUGCCCAUUUGUAAGGACUCGCUGGGCUGGAUGUUCAACAAGCUGGACAUGAACUUUGACCUUCUGCUGGACCAAUCAGAGCUGAGUGCCAUCUACUUGGACAAGUAUGAGCUGUGCAUGAAGCCUCUCUUCAACUCCUGUGACUCAUUCAAGGACGGCAAGCUGUCCAACAACGAGUGGUGCUACUGUUUCCAGAAGCCCGAAGGACUGCCUUGUCAAACUGAGAAGAGUCGGAUCCAGAGUCAGAGUCGUAGAAAGAGCCUCAUAGGCUCUUAUAUUCCUCGUUGUACUGAGGAGGGCUACUACAAACCAACCCAGUGUCAUGGCAGCACUGGCCAGUGUUGGUGUGUGGACAAAUACGGCAACGAGAUUGCUGGCUCGAGAAAACAGGGCAACCCCAACUGUGACGAGGAGCAGGAGACAUCAGGGGACUUCGGCAGCGGAGGUGCAGUGAUUCUCCUUGACGACCAGGAGGAGGAGCCCUCACAGAGCGGGCGGAGCCGGCAGAAGAAGAGACGGGGCCGGAUCCACCCCCGAGGAACCAUUGAGGACGACGAGGACGAAGAGGAGGACAAGGAUGAUGAAAUCGGCUACGUUUGGUAGCUCUGCUCCAUUCCGUUUUGCCGUCAGCUGACCAGGAAACCCAAACGUUGACUGGGCACAGAUCUGAAGCCAUUCCAAUGUCUCUUCCUCCACUUACCUUGGCAGCAGUCCACCUUUUAGUGCUCGAUCCUGCUCUCGUUAUCACUACCUGUCAUCCCAAUCUCUCUAAGCGAACAUCAUGCAAACUUUAUUUUUAAGUAUUCCCCUCUUUCUGAAGACAAAAAAAAACAAGAGAGCUUAUUUGAUUUCAAGCCGUCUCCAAAACCUGCAAACUUUAACCUCUUUCAAACAUGGACACUUCGCUCUGGUCUCUCUUCCUCCAUGUAUCUCCACCCACUCCCUCUAUCACCCUAAUCGCUGUUCGUCUCUGGUCGGUCCGUGAGCCCAGAUGCAUUAUGUAUUGGAUGUAAAUAUGUUUUCUCCAGGAAAGCUUGAUUGUAGAUCCCCCUCCUUGUUGAUCCAUCUGUAGUCCACUCGCAUCCGCUGUGUUCCAACGAUGGGCUCCGUCCACUGUUCAACCGUUUUUCUGCAAAUUGCUGCCAGUUUCAGACUCUGACAUGCUCCCUUCUUUUUUUUUCUGUUAUUUCAUGGAGGAUUGUAAAUUAUUUAAUUGUUGAAUGUUCCAGAAAGCCCAGGAAGCAAUGAGAUUAAUGAUGUAUCGUCGUUGUUGUUGCAUGUUUCUCAUCGUGUAUCUGUAAAAGAGAGAUUUACCUGGCCAGGUCCAGCUCUAUGCAUCUCAAACAGAACGUAACGCCGGUUUGGCUGCUACAGUACUUCGUUGCAAUGUUGAUGCUGUCUAGUGUCCUUUUGGUUUCUCUCCCAAUCUCAGGAGGUAUAGGAGGCUCUACUGCAGAGAGGUGGCAGGAUAGAAAAGCAAAUCGCAAUGUCUACAGGACAAGUCUCAGCAAGCUGUUUUUUUGGGGGGGGCUUUUUUGUCUUUUGUUUUGUUUUGUUUUGUUGUUUGUUUGUUUUUUUCAAAUUGUUCGGUAGGGCUGCUGAGGCCUUUUGGCUGUGCAUGGACACUAGAGGAGGAAGCUGCUCCUGAGCUGGGAGGACAUAUGAUGCCAAGCCGAGACAAGGCUCUGCUCUGCCUCCCACCCUUGGAUAUGUUCAGUGAUUUGAAAUUAAAAUAUUCACCAUGUCAACUACGUGAAUUUUUAUUUGUAACUUUAAAAAGAAUUUAAGUAAAGUGGCACUUUGAGUGUCUUUUGAACCUUA